GGGGAAAGCCCGGGAACUACCACAGCCGGGACGGGAACUCGUACCUCCCGCACCGCGGGCGACAACGUUAACCAGCCAACUAAAGGGUCCGACCCGUUAGCCAACGUAACGUACAUAUGUUACACUACCCCCCCCCCCCGCUUUCGGGAAGCGCGUCCCCGCGCUUCAGCAUAUCAGCUCCUUCACGCCUCUGGCUGAACGCGCUUCCGAUGACAUCUCGGUCUCACCAUCCCACUUGUGACACCAAUGUGGCAAAGUAAAGCAUACAAACUGAUGGGUCAUUUCCUGCUUGCUCACUCGCGCCCAGGACUCCAAGGCGACCAGGCUUCAGUCUGUGCAGCACAUCGGCGCCUGAGUUUCACCGGUGACGCGGUUAAGGUGGACAGAGUCUUCGCCCUUUUCCGCCUUCGACCGUGAAGUCCUUUGAGGACGAGAUACGUCGGCUGCUUUAGCACAACUGAACACCCGCCGUGAGCGUCACCCUGAAGAUGGACGACAUUAAAGUGAGACGUGAAGCGGGGGAAGAGUCUGCCAAGAUUUCUUCUCAAAACAACAAGACCGACGACCCACAAGCCGAGUCCAGUCAAGCUCUGCAUUCAAAAUCUGGCAUGAAGGAACAGAAGCCACAUAAAACACAUUCCUUUAAAUUGAAAGUAAAUGGUGCGGCUGACUACCUGGUUACCUGCAAUAAAGCACAGACUGUCCUGAGCGCACUAGAGACAAACAAGAUAUUUGCAGAGAUGGCUAAAAAGAACCAAAAGAAGGAGCUCGUUAUUAUAAGAGGCAGGAGAGCCAUCAGCACACACUUCCCAUGCCAUCUUAUUGGGGAGGAAGAUCUCCUGAAGUUUGAGUACAUCAAUGCUGCAGUGCAGGGAGAGGAUCCAGUUGGUAAAGCCAAACGGAAAUGGAGGAAAACACCACCUGAUGAAACAGUAACAUUCAGUGUAACAACAAAAGGAGAUAAAGGUAUAAUAAAAGAGGUCAUGAAUAACUUGAAUCUAAAAAACAAAGUUGAAGAAGUUUGCAUGUAUGGAUACAAAGGCCAUACGAUUAAAAAUGUUCUGAAAAUUGAUGGCCGUUUUAAAAGUAGCACUUUGAAAAAAGACUGCAUCCUGUCAGACCUAGACACUUCAGAGAACAUCGAAAUGUCCACACUUGUUGAUGUCCUUGAUGGUAGGAAUUUCAGGGUCGUAUUACGUGGGAAAUUUGCCGUUGCAGACAGUCAGUCUAGUCUGGAGGAAGAGACCACACCAUGUGAGCCUCCUGGAUCUCCCUCUGAUGGUAACAAAGAUUCUCCAAAAGCGUUCACAUCAAGUGAGAUGCGAAAUACAGACAGGCCAGAGGAGAAAGCAAAAGCAGAUGCUAGUACCUCUCAGGCUCGGCUGUCUUAUCUCGAAAUACCAGGUUCUGAAAACUUGCUAAAUUUACUGCGUGCACAGUAUAAUGAUUUGGUUGAACACAUGAAAAGCCGAGGGAUCACUGGGUCUUCAGUUAUCCAAACACUCCGUAAAGACUUUGGAAAGAAUGUGGAGACUUGCCUUUACAUGAAAACAGUCAAGAAACUGUCGAAGCGAGGUGACUCUGUUUGUCAGUUGAGAGUAAAUGACCGUCCAAUUGGGAGUGGUUUUCUCCUGUUUGACAGGUACAUUCUAACAAAUGGCCACGUCAUUGCCGAGUAUUGCGACCAAAGUAGCUUGGAGCUGCGUAAAGAGAUUACCGUCACCUUCUCUUUUGAAAGUCUGGCCAAGAACUGCAAGGCAGAGCCAGUGAGAAAGGUUGUUGCCUUUCAAAAAAAUGCUGAUGUUUCAGGCUGUGAUUGGGCUUUGCUGGAGCUUUACCGUGACCAGCCAGAGCAUUUGGGAUUGUUAGAAAACUUUGAUUAUGUUCCUCCAUCAGGGGGUAUCUGUAUCAUUGGGUACCCCGGGGAAGGAGUAAAAAAGAUGGACCCAUGCUAUGUUGUUCAACGUGGUCUCCAAGAUGAUGUUGUAAAGAACAAUGCUCGGGAGGAAUACGGGUCAAUUUUAACUGACAAAUUCUUUGAGGAUCUUAGCCAGUCAAAGGACAAGAGGUUUUUGACUUAUGAAACAUGUUUUUAUGACGGGGCAUCGGGCUCACCUGUUUUUGACAAGGACGGCAAUGUCGUUGCAAUGCAUUCAGGAGGUGGGCACUUAAAUGGCAAAAGCAAAAACACAAGGCUCGUUCAAUUUGCCCAUCCUUUGUCUCUGAUCAUUGAAGAAAUUAUUUUCCAAUUACUGGAAAGAGAUAAUGAUGGUGUGUUGAAGAAAUUCCUCUGUUGCUUUCCUCAAAAUUCUCCACAAUUGGAGAGAAUGGGAAAGAAUUUGAGGAAAAUGCUGCAGGGCCGGAAUCUCACAAUCUUAAAAGUUGUUGAUAAUCCAAUGAUCAGAGAGGAUGAGAUUUUGCAGCGUUUCUUUCAAUUCAUCUGUCAACCAGAGGAAGCUACACCCAUGGAUAUCGAGUAGAUGUGCCCACUGAGAGUCUCAGUUUAUCAUGACAGUGAGCUGCAACAGAUAAAGAUAUGUUGCUGAUGAAGAGCUGUCGCAUAGUGGGUUGGAGAAAGAGAGAGAAAGUUGUGGUGGAAAAAUUGUUGCUUUAAUUACUGUGUGACUGAUUACAGUCAGUUUUUCAUAUCCAGGCAACUCCCAAAUGGCUGUGGACCAAAUUAUGAUGCAGAGAAUUAAAAUGUGCACUCUACUCUCUCUCUCUCUCUCUCUCUAUAUAUAUAUAUAUAGACAUAUAUGUCUAUAUAUUUUUAUUCAUAAUGUUUUAGCAUGAACAGUUUUGUAGUGGUGGUAACCUUGACAUGUUUAAAGGUUUUAAUAGUUCACUAUGAAAGUCGACUAUUUUUACACCCUGUAUGAAACUGCCCAAACCACUAGUGAUGCAGGGGGCAGGAUUUUUUUUGUGGCAUUUUCUGCUUUUGUUUUACCAGUGACAGCAGAGAGAGACAAGAAAGGCAGGAAAACAGUUUUACAUACAGGUAUGUGUGGGUUACUUAUGUAAUUUUAGCUUUGUGUUAUUUAGUUGUGCUCUUGAAUUAGCAACAAGUUGAACGGUGGUUGGCAUGGGUUGAUAGCAAAGUUGGAAUGGUGAUAAAAGCUUUCUGUAUAUCGGAGUCUGCCAUCUCUAAGCCAGUUUGUGUACUUUGAGUGUCUUGAUUAAUUUCCUUUCUUUUUCCAUCUUUUACAUUUUGAAUUGUUAUUGCUUAUUUUCACACUGGGGGAACAGGAAUUUAGGAGUGCAACUGUAUUCAAUGUCCAGCUAGCAAAGGAAUAUGAGCUUCUUUUUGUUUUUGCUUUUUUUUUAUCAGCAGCGAGAGAUGGUAAUCAAGAUUUUGUAUUUUGUAUUUUGAUUACUGUAAUAAACUGUCAAUACCAAACACAUUUUGGCCUGGGCAUUGAACUUCUCUCUUUACCUGUAUGUCUUCUGUGUUGACAUAACAACCUGCUCCAGUGGUGCAUCGAGUUUUAUUGCCACUAAUAACAGGUAAUGUAAUUAUGAAUCGAGUCGAGCACCCUAAAUCCCUUAGCUCCCUCGUGUAUAUUUGAAGAAUCACUUUCAAUUGUCUUUUGUUGAUUUUUUUUUCAGUUAGUUUUGCCACCAAAGUCCUGCUGG